UUGGUGAGCAUAUCUACCUAGAUUUCAAAAUCAAUGAAAGGGAGAAUGUACGAAUCUGAUUUGUUGGAUUCGCAAGACUCAUGGCUCUCCGGCGACGACCUCAGCCGCACGCUCUCCUCUGUCUCCGCCACUGCCACUUCCAACGGAGGCGUCGAUCCGGUCCUCUUCAACAACCUCGUGGAGAUGGUCCCACUCGUCCAGUCGCUCAUUGAUCAGAAAUCCAAUUCCACGUUCACGCGGCGGGGUUCUAUGGUCUACACAAAGACGCCUACUAGACAAUCCCUCUGUAAAAAGACAGUUGGAAGGAGUGCUACUCUUCCAACAAAAAAGCGCAGGGACCAGGGAGACACGAAUGCAGCCAACACCCAAGACAUAGAAGACUUAUCAGUUUCCUCCACAACAUUGCUCUCUGAAAAGGAGAGAGAAGAACUGACGGCAUUGAGGGACCAAGUAGAGGAGCUAAAGAAGCAGUUAUCACAAAAGGAUGGACUUUUGGAAUCAGCACAACUUGUAAAGAAUGAGAUAGCUUCGAUUCAGACAAAUUAUGAGGAACUUCAAAAUGAGGCUGCAGAAAAGGAAUCCCUAAUUAAUUCCACUCAACUACAGCUUUCAGAUGCAGAGGUUAAGCUUGCCGACAAACAAGCAGCUGUUGAAAAGUUACAAUGGGAGGCUACGACUUCCAACAAGAAAGUGGAGAGGCUCCAGGGAGAUCUAGACAAGGUGCAAGGGGAGCUAUCAUCUUUUAUGCUAUUUAUUGAAGGCUUGACAAGGAAUGAUUCUUCCAUUUCUGCUGAAGAUUAUGAUGACGUCCUCUACCCUAUUGAUCAAAAUCAUGAAAUAGACCAUGAAAUGGAUAUGCAGGAACUGGAAGCUGCAAGGGCUGCUUAUAUCACUGCCGUGGCGGCUACAAAAGAAUUGCAAAAUGAAGAAUCUAUUUCUGCUGCCGCAAGAAAAAGGUUUGAUCUGCAGUCAUUAGUUCUGCAAUAAUCUUAGCAGCUUCUCUGAGGCAUUGUUCUCUGAAACAUACGUCUAUAGCUUUUGCAUGCCGUGUUGCAUAAAAUGGUAGGAAGAUCUUGAUGUGGUGUGAUAUGUAAACUAGUGGUGAUAUUUAUUUUGAAUGGAGUCCUUUAGGUAUUCCAGUAAACUGUGUUUCUGUACGUUGAGAAUAGUACUGUAAUGUUUUUUAGUUCUCUCUCAAAUGAGAAGGUAAUUGUAGUAGCA